AUGGAAAAGAGGGCUUUGUUAAUUACUUGCCUUGUUUUGCUCAUCUGUACUAAAGAUAUGAUGGCCAGAAAUCUUAAAACAAGCUACAAGAAGAAGGUAAGUUUGGAACCUAAACACCAUGUUCUAGUCUCCACGGUCACACCAGCUUAUGCAUUUGGCAUGUUAAAUGUUGCAGCUCUCGCAUUUUGGCCAGGCUUGGCGAAUAAUAUAUAUACUGCCAAUGAUAAUCCAUUUACAGUCUCAAAUGAUGUUACCGCAAUUGCUUUAAGAUUUUAAAGGUUUUCGAAUGCCAUGGCCAGUCAAUAGUGAAGAUUAUUACUUAUAGUAACGAGUAUUAGCCGAGGCUAACAUAUCUGUGUUUUCAAGGAUCACAUAAUUUUACCCGUUUUCUAAAGAACACUGUAAUGUUUAGCAGGGCCGAUCAUUUGACUGUGCAGGGGGGGGGGGGGGGAUGGGGUAAUAGAUAAUUUUUUAAAAUAUUGAAGGGUAGUUGUCGACGGUAUAUUUUGUGUGUUAGUAAUGUCAUAAUUUUUUUCCAUUGUUAAAAAAAAACUGAGGGGUGGUGGGGGGGGGAGGUUACUGGGGGGGGGGGGGGGGGGGGGGGGUAUGGUGAUUUCAGACAAAAAUAAAGCUAAAAAAAAUAAAGCGUAUAAAGCUGGAAAAAAAUGCUACACCGUUGUAUGUCGGGAAAAAAAUGCUAUCACCAGAGGUUUGGGAGAAAAAAUGUUUGCCAAACCAAAUCACCCAUCCCCGCCCCCGCUUCCCCUUAAAAUGUCAAAUGGUCGGCCCUUUAGUUUGGAAUAAGCCGGGUAUCAAACCUGUUGAAAAUGGUCCCCCCGAGGAAUUAACCUUGGAGAUAAUCAUACAGAAUAGCCCACGUUCGAUGUAUUAAAAUUCUAUCAUAACGCCGACGCUUUCUGGUCAUUUUUCUAUAUUUGGCUUGGUUUUCUUUGUGCUCAAGUCUCUUCUGGGGAUUGUGAGACAAUGGAGUGAUGAAAAAUUUGCAAUUUUGACCCUAAAGCCUCAGAUUCAUGUUAGAAUUUUAAUAUAUCGAACGUGGGCAAAUCAACGCUUUAAAAACAUAUUUCAUUAAUUGUUUGACAAUUCGUUAGCUCCUUUUUGUCAAGAUGUUCAAGUUAGUAUCAAUACGCAAUCUGGAAUAUUAUUUGUUCUUAGCAAUAUUGUAAUCACCAAUAGACCUAUUCGGCUAACUCAAUGUUGUACUCAGUUCAAACCCUUUGGGAAUAAAACGUUUUGUUUCAGGAAUUUCCAUAUAAUUUAAAUGUGAAUGCCACGUUAUAAUGCAAAUACAAUACACAAAGAAAUCUUAACCUCGGGAGACUUGAAUUCGGUACAACAUUGAGUUAGCCGAAUAGCUCUAUUUUAUUAGUCAUCGAUCAGAAAAUGGAAUAUUACUGAUUUGUACUAAGUAAUAGCACCAUCUGAUAAUUUCAUUUUUGUGCACUUGGUAUAUCUUCCAAGUUACAAUUGGCUACACCGCGCAAAACUAGUGGAAGUCAACUAUGUCAACAUUGCAUUGGAAUUUUGGUUUUUUGUCUGGGAUCGAUUUAUCAUCGCAGUUGACAUCUUAGGCCACAUUAACUUAAAGCGCAUACUCUGAAGUGCAACAAUUGACAUCAAAACUUAUGCUAGAUAUUUUAUGAACACUAUAGCAGUACGUCAAAAAAUUAUCAAGAAUUUCAACAGAAUGUUUUAAAAUAGGACCUGUUUUGGGGGUGACGGUCUCAGAAUUUUCCAGUUUUUUAACUUCUUAACUUGCGACCAUUUGACUAACUGUCUAAUACCUAUGAUCGCUGAACGUACUACGUACCUCAGCCGUAUACGAAGAACUUUAAGUGACAACACUGAAUUACACAUAUCGUAACUUUCAUUGGCCGAGCCAAAUGAAGUUGUCUUUCUUAGGGAUUAACCAGUUCGUUAAGAUGACUGCCCUUUUUCAUAUUUCUUGUCUAUAGCAUGUUCUAUUCCAGACGCGAAACGUGAACCCAUGCGACCUAUUAGGCGAGUCCUGUACAAGCAAUGACGAUUGUCCUGGAAGUUGCGCUGGGAGGAACCUGUUCUGUUACCAUAAUGAAAUUUGUGCUGAAGAAGUGUGGGAUCCAUACAAGAAAAAACGAGGCAUCCAGCGAUCCAUGGACAACGAAUAA